AGCUGCCUCUGCUUACCACAACCACACGUCUCCGUUGCGUUGUGCCUAUUAGUACCCACACAGCGGAUAUAUGUGCGCAAUACGUCGCUGUGCUGUCUGGGAAAUCAAGAACCGGUUAACUUUCAGAGGAAGUGGAUUACCGACGGUUACGCAGAGAAGAAAGCAGCGAUGCCUGAGUCAACCGAGCACGUGGAGGAGGCAAAUACGCCUCCUGUUUGUCCCCCCAACGAGGACAUUGAGGACGAGGACGUUGUGGGGGCAAAUACGACUCCCAUGUGUCCCCCCAACGAGGACGUUGAGGAGGAGGACGUUGAGAGCGCAAAAACGACUUCUGUUUGCCCGCCCAAUGUUCUCCGCGUAUUAGUAGCAGUUGUAGUUGGUCUAAUUGUAGGUGCUCUAGUAGCUGGUCUACUAGCUGGCUUUAAUGGGUAUUGGAAGGGUAAAAGUGAGUGUGUCAAGGACACCAGUGCUAAUUGCACUUUCUCAAAAGCUGCUGUGGCCGCAGACUCCUGGAAUUGUUCAGAGAUUGGACUGAACAUUCUUCAGAGAGGCGGCUCUGCAGUAGAUGCUGCCAUUGCUGCGCUGCUGUGCACCUCCAUCAUCAACCCACAGUGCAUGGGGAUCGGAGGCGGGGUCAUAUUCACUGUGAUGGACAGCUCCGGUAAAGUGAAAAUCAUCAACUCCAGAGAGACUGUCCCCAGAAAUGUGAACUCUGACCUGCUUAAGUUGUGUCCUAAAACCACAGAGUGGAGCAUGGAGUGGACGCAAGAUAGCAGAUGGAUUGGGGUUCCUGGGGAAAUUCGAGGUUAUGAAGCAGCACACCGGCUUUAUGGGAAGUUGAAGUGGGCCGACCUCUUUCAGCCGACCAUCAAAUUAGCCAGAGAAGGAUUCCCUAUUCCUUACUACCAAGGUCAACACAUCCCACGCAUUAAUAAUACGUCAAUACGGGAGUUAUAUUUAGAUAAAAAUGGGAACCUGCUUAAGACCGGUGAUACUGUGAAAUUUGAGAAACUUGCUGACACUUUGGAGACGAUCGCAAACGAGGGACCACAUGCGUUUUACAACGGAACAAUAGCGAAGGAUUUAAUCAGUGACAUACAGAAAGCAGGAGGAAAACUCACACUGGAGGACUUGGCAUCGUAUCAAGCUAAUGUGACUGAUGCCUGGAAUAUUACUUUGGGAGACUACCGGAUGUACUUCCCUCCGCCCCCUGCAGGAGGAGCCAUCCUCAGCCUCAUCCUCAACAUCAUGAAAGGAUAUGAAAUGAAAUCAGAACCUAAUACUACUGAUGAAAAGAUUUUGUUUUAUCACCGUUAUAUUGAAGCUUUAAAAUUUGCCAAUGGAUUAAAGAAAGAUAUCAGAGAUCCAAAGUUCAGCUCAGAUAAAAUGGCAAAGAAUUUGACAGAGGAUAGCUUUGCCAACCACAUACGGAGCUUGAUCAGCAGCGACAAGACUCAUGAUCCCCAGUAUUACGGCAAAAACUCGUAUCUGGACAGCAUCGGCACCACACAUGUAUCUGUGCUGGCUGAAGAUGGAUCUGCUGUGUCUGUCACCAGCAGCAUCAACGACGAAUUUGGGUCCAAUGUCCUCUCUUCAAGCACUGGAAUCAUCCUCAACAACCAGCUAAAUGACUUUUGUGGUAGAGCUGAUAACAUCUUUCAUGGGGAGCGGCCUCCCUCCAAUAUGGCCCCAUCUGUGCUGAAGUAUCAGUCGAAGACGCUGGUGAUUGGAGGGUCUGGUUCUGAAAUGAUUCCACCAGCAGUGGCCUCGGCGCUCAUGAACCACCUUUGGUUUGGAAAGAGCCUUAAAGAAGCAAUUGAUACUCUGGUUGUUCUUGUAGACUCUAAAAGUGAAGUAAAACUUGAAUCCAAGCUUGAAAAGGAUGUAGUUGAUGGUCUUGAAGCUAAGGGACAUAAAAUAGCAAAAUUCUACAACACAGUUAACGCUGUGGAAAAGGCGGGCAGCUGCAUCUCUGCAUGGUCUGAUGAAAGGAAAAAAGGCAAAGCAGCUGGUUACUGAGACCAAGAGUCAGUGAUGUUAGUUAUACAGCAUGGUCUUAAGGUUAUGAUAGCAGAGGUGUAGGUUUUAAUGUUUUCAGAAAUCUCUCAGUCAGAACAUGGUAUAUUAUGUUUAAGUGGAAACUAGCGAGCUAACUCCCUGCUAACUUCUAACUCUGUUAAAUUUAAUAAAUUCUGUUUUCAUGGAUGCCUGGAUGUUAAACUUAAAUGUUACACCUGGCUGAUCAUUUUAUUAAAGAUGAAAGAAUUUAGACAGUUUGUAACUCUCAAUGAUGCCACAGUGUUUGUUUGAGUUUGGGACCCAGAAAUGGUUAAUGACAUCAAACUUAAAGACCUGAUAACUAUUUCAAACUAUUUACAGAACACCAAUAGGAAAGGGUGGUUUUGUUUCCCUCAGUAAA